CUUUUGAUUAAAGUGCCUGCCUUCCCUCUUGUAAACCCUGGUGACAACAAAAUCUCACCACAUAAAGUGCCAGGAGGAGGUCACAGCCAUGGAUAUGACAGCACCAGACACCACUAGGAAAAGCUCUGCCACCUUUUCCAUAGAGGGUCUGCAGUCAGACUUAAAUAAACAGAUGGAUAACCCUGAUUUAGGCGUCCAUGUUUGUGAGGGGUGUGGGACCAACUUUGAGACAAGGCGAGGUCUCUCCAGUCACGCCCGAUCUCAUCUCAGGCAGCUGGGCGUGGCUGUGUCCGACAGCAGUGGAGCUCCCAUAGACCUCUUGUGCCAGCUAAUUAAAGAACGAGGUGGAACUCUACCCAAACUCAAAACUCAGCCCAGCACUGUUAAAAAAUCCAAACACAAAUCCCCCAGCAUCAAAAAGAAUACUGGGCCAAAGCUAAAAAUUAAAAUAUCCAACCUUGUUAAGAAAAAAUAUGCCAUAUCCUCCUCUUCCUCAACUGCUGUGAAAGGAUCAGUCAAGUCUGGUCCACGUUCUUCGCCUAUGGCUGUAGCGAAACCUCAUAAAGCCUCUUCAAGGGGGACUGCAGUGUCCACUCCUUCUUCAUUCUCGUCUCCCUACAAGGCUGUUGAGUCCAGGCUCAGUGAUGCCAGUCCAUCUACUACCUCCUCACUGGCCAUUGCCAAGCCCCUCUGGGCCCCUCAGGAAACAGACGCUCCACUCAAUUUAACAACUAUGAUGAAUUCCAUAGCGAGGGAUGAUGUCCAUGUGUGUGAAUUGUGUGGAGCAUGGUACGAGACACGUAAAGGUCUCUCCAGUCAUGCCCGGGCCCAUCUGCGCCAGUUUGGCGUGAAUUUGGACUCAAAAGGUGCUCCUAUAGAGGUCCUCCAUAAAAUCAUUCAGAGUGAGGAGUUCCAGGAAAAGGCCACUGCCGGGCAACUGGAGGGGUUAUCUGUUUUUGAGGAUUAUACUUCACCCUCCUCCACUCCUUCCACCUCUUCUGCCAUCAGCAAAAAUCCCUCUCUUUCCCCUGUCUCAUCUAAAGGACUGAUUUCCAUGAAUCCAACACCACCCCCAAAGAAAAAGCAGAAAAUUUCCCCAGAUGUUUCAGAGAGCCUGUCACUUGGUAGAAAAACAGAACUGAAAUUGCCUACUCCAACCAAGAAGAAUAAAAGUUCACCAGAUGUUUCAGGGAGCAUGACCCUCAGCGGAAAAGCUGCAUUGAAAUUACCAUCUUCAACCAAAAAUCAGAAAACUACCCCAGAUGUUUUAGGGAGUAUGACCCUUGGUGGAAAAGCAGAAUUGAAAUCACCUACUCCAACCAAAAAGCAAAAAAGUUCACCAGAUGUCUCAGGGAGCAUGACCCUUUGUGGAAAAGCAGAACCGAAAUCGCCCACUCCAACCAAGAAGAAGAAAAGUUCACCAGACGUUUCAGGGAACAUGACCCUAAGUGGCAAAGCAGCAUUAAAAUUACCAUCUUCAACCAAAAAGCAGAAAACUACCACAGAUGCUUCAGAGAGUAUGACCCUUGGUGGAAAAACAGAAUUGAAAUCAUCUACCACAACCAAAAGGCAGAAAAGUUCACCAGAUGAUUCAGGGAGCAUGACCCUUAGUGGAAAUGAAGAAAUUAAAUCACCCUCUCAAGGUGAAUCAUCAAAAGAUGUAAAAUGUGAGUUCUGUCAUGAGAAGUUUAAGAAGAGUCAGAGCUUGGCCAGUCAUGCCCGCUACCACCUGCGACAGCUGGGCAUCACUGAGUGGACUGUCCGUGGGUCUCCAAUGGCCACUCUGCGAGAGGUGAUGGCCUGCCGUGAUGCUCCUGCUGGUUCUCACAAAGCCCUGGGAUCACCCUCGCUGCCCCCACCUGCAUGCACCUCUGUACCGCCCACUGUACCAUAUCUUCCCUCAUCUCCUAAACCCAUUACCCAGUCUUCUUCUUCUCCUCCUGUUCCUCACAAAGUCCCGAAGGCCAGGAAAGGCUACAGGACUGUGGUCCCAACACCAAAGGAUGAGCCUAUGGAAGUUGAUGUUUCUAUCUUAGAGUCUCCCAAGCCACGAAGCACACCAGCCAUCCCUUUACCACCCCAUAACGUGUCUAGUCCCACCACAGUUAAACCACUAGUGACUGCCCCUAAGCACGAGCAGCAAGACUCCACUCAGUUUGUGUGCUGUGACUACUGUGGCGAGAUGUUUGAUACUCGUAAAGCCUUCUCCUGUCACGCACGGGGUCACUUACGACAGCUUGGUGUAAAGUGGUCCUUGAAGGUGCCGCCCAUAAAAGCCCUAUAUGAGCUCAUGCGGAGGGAGGGCACUGAAAAGGCAUCAGCGGUCAAACCGGAACAUGGAGUAGGGGCGGCAGUACAGUGGAAAAAGCCAACAUCCUCACCUUGCACGGUUACUCCAUCACCUGAGAAAACUGCCUCGGACAACAUGACUACAAGCUGUGAUGCCACCUGUGAACUGUGUGGUUUUGAUUUUGAAAAUCGAAAGGCACUGGCCAGCCAUGUGAGGGCCCAUCUUAGGCAGCAGGGAGUGGAUUGGAAAAUCAUCGGCUCGCCUAUUGAGACCCUGACUGCCUGGAUGCAGAGUGAACCGGAGAAGGUAGCAGAGCUCCACAAACGCUACAUGCAGGGGCACCUGCCUUUUGUCAAGAAGGGCUCCAGAAGAAGCUCCUCUUCUCCACACCUUUCCUCAGACUCUGAGGAUGUCCGUCUUGGUUCUCAGAAAGCUUCAUCAGCAGCUCGAGUCUCUGCAGUUCAGCCCCAGGUAUCCCAGCUUUCCAAAGGAUCUAUGGGAGUGGCACCUGCUAGAGAGGGCAAAGCAGGGAUGAGCCACUCCUCCUCAUCACAGCACAGGAAACGGCCCUCACAGAGUGAAGCUCCGCUGUCCUCAGACAGCCUGAUCCAGACCCCCACGGCCCGCAGUGAAUUUGCCGUUCGUUCACCUAGAGGGUUUGUUGUCAUUACAUCAUCAUGGCAACGAAGUUGUAAUAUUGACCAUAACAGAAAAGGCUGUGAACGGCGUCCUCCUAAGCAUUCAUCCCACCGUGAGAGCAUAUCAGGGGAGACAGAACCUUCAAAGCCUUCUCGGGCAGGGAACAUUCCAUCCUUGGUGCCUAGACCACCAGAGACCAGCCUGGUAAAGCUGGUAGGGAAGGUGUACUCUCUCAAGUGCAGGUUCUGUGAGGAGGUUUUCGAAGGACCGCUCUCCAUACAGGAGGACUGGGUCAUGCACUUACAGCAACACAUCCUCAAGCUUAAAAAGAAUUCAACCUCAUCACCCCAGUCGAGUGAAAGCAGGGGUCCCGUACAGUCUCCUCUCACCCACACAGAAGCACCACUUCUUAUCGGCCCACAGGCUAUGUAGAUGCUCUCCCUGCUGUGGUCUUUCUUUUCAUGUUUGAAAUUAUGCAUCUACACUACACUGACUCUUUACUGCAGAUAUACCUUUAUUUCCUGGACCUUAACUGUCAAUUGUAAUACUGUUUUGUUUUAAACUUUUAGCUAUUUUGUUUUUACUUUUAGAUGAUCAUUUUUGUACAGCACUACUGAAAGAGAUUAUGACCACAGCCUUUCCUAUCUGUCAAGUGUUUUCCAGUGAUUUAUCUGAAUGUAUUUUACUGUUUAUAGUGUAUUUUACUGUUUAUAAUGUUUAUCACAUUUUAGCUGGUACUUUUCUUGGUUAAAAAUAUUUCAAACCUGUUGUUUUGUACUGUACGUAAGGAACGUUCGCAUUAGUGCUCAAGUUGAGUUUUAAAGAAGGUUUUAUUGUUUUACGAACAAAUUAAUACACGUUGACCAGGAUUUGUUUUUUGUUUUUAAAAUAGUAGAAUUUGGAAAAACUGUGCUCUUCACAUAAGUGAAAAUGAUUUCAGAUUCUUCAGUGCCGACAAGUCCAUUCAAAUGGAUUACCUCAGAUUUUGAUUUGUAUGCAUUAAUGAAAAUUGUUUCAGGCUUUUUAUAAAUCAGGCUGUCUUUAAGAAACCAGCACUACCGAGAAGUCAAGCCAUGUCAUGUGAUCUCAACAUUAAAUUUCUUGUCUUGACUAAUUCAUUUUGGGGGUGUUUUUCCUAACAAUACUAGUUGUGGGCUACCUGUUUUUUGACCGAUGACAGACAGAGUUUUUGGGAAACCUGUUUGAAAACAGUCAUUGUUGCAAUUCCUUUUGGUGCUGUGAGUGGUGCAAAAAUUACACACUUCAACUUUUCAAAAUGUGGAAAUUGUUUGUAUGUUUGAGUCUUAUCUUUUCACCAUCUCCUUUGUCUCAGGCUUUGCCGAGAUUUUAAAGAGAGGCUGACUGAUAAAUCGGUUUUACCGAUUAAUUUAUACCGAUAGUUGCUUUUUGCUCUAAUAUUAUUAUCCUCUGUGGCCAAAACCCUUCAUAUGGUGGAUAGACAGGCUAUAAAAAGCCUAAUUGGUGAAUUUUAAAUGAUAGAGCAUUGUAACUGAGCCAAGUCUCUGUCACCGUCACACUUUAUGGAUUUACAGUGGCAUACAAAAGUUUGGGCACCCCUGAUCAAAAUUUCUGUUGCUGUGAAUAGCUAAGCGAGCAAAAGAUGGCCUGAUUUCCAAAAGGCUUCAAGUUAAAGAUGACACAUUUCUUUCAUAUUUUAAGCAAUUUUACUUUUUUUAUAUUCAUAAUAUAAAAUAAAAUAAAAAAGGAAAAGGGCCCAAAGCAAAAGUUUGGGCAUGCUUCAUGGUCAGUACUUCGUAACACCCCCUGGCAAGUAUCACAACUUGUAAAAGCUUUUUGUAGCCAGCUAAGUGUCUUUCAAUUUGUGUUUGGGGGAAUUUUGCCCAUUCAUCCUUGCAAAAGGCUUCUAGUUCUUUGAGAUUCUUGGGCUGUCUUGCAUGCACUGCUCUUUUGAGGUCUAUCCACAGAUUUUCGAUGAUGUUUAGGUCGGGGGACUGUGAGGGCCAUGGCAAAACCUUCAGCUUGCGCCUCUUGGGGUAGUCCAUUGUGGAUUUUGAGGUGUGUUUAGGAUCAUUAUCCUGUUGUGAAGCAAUCCUCUUGUCAUCUUUUUACAGAUGGUGUGAUGUGUGCUUCCAGAAUUUGCUGGUAUUUAAUUUAAUCCAUUCUUUCCUCUUCCAGUGAAAUGUUCCCCUGUGCCAUUGGCAUCAACACAAGCCCAAAGCAUGAUCGAUCCACCCCCAUGCUUAACAGUUGGAGAGGUGUUCUUUUCAUGAAAUUCUGCACACUUUUUUCUCCAAACAUACCUUUGAUCAUUGCAGCCAAAAAGUUAUAUUUUAACUUCAGUCCGCAGCAAUUGUUUCCAAAAUGCAUCAGGCUUGGUAGAUGUUCAUUUGCAAACUUCUGACACUGAAAUUUGUUGUGAGGAUGCAGGAAAUGUUUUCUUCUCAUGACUCUUCCAUGAAGGUCAUAUUUGUGCAGGUGUCGCUGCACAGUAGAACAGUGCACCACUACUCCAGAGUCUGCUAAGUCUUCCUUAAGGUCUUUUGCAGUCAAACAGGGGUUUUGAUUUGCCUUUCUAGCAAUCCUACGAGGAGUUCUCUCUGAAAGUUUUCUUGGUUUUCCAGACCUCAACUUGAACUCCACCGUUCCUGUUAACUGCCAUUUCUUAAUUACAUUAUGAACUGAGGAAACGGCUACUUGAAAAGGCUUUGCUAUCUUCUUAUAGCCUUCUCCAGCUUUGUGGGCAUCAAUUAUUUAAAUUUUCAGAGUGCUAGGCAGCUGCUUGGAGGAGCCCAUGGCUGCUGAUUGUUGGGACAAGAUUUGAGGAGUCAGAGUAUGUAUAAAGCUUUGAAAUUUGCAUCACGUGGCCUUUCCAAACAAUGAUUGUGAACAAGCCAUAGCCCUAACAAGCUAAUUAAGGUCUGAGCGCUCAAAUCUCUUGGGGUGCCCAAACUUUUGCAUGGUGCUCCUUUCCCUUUUUUCGCUCUAAAAUUUUACAAAAUAAAAAUAAUACACUAAUAUUGCUUAAAAUGUUGAAAAGACUGUUUCAUCUUUAACUUUAUGCCUUUUGGAGAUCAGUUCAUCUUCUACUCACUUAACUAUUCACAGCAACAGGGGUGCCCAAACUUCUGCAUGCCACUGUAUUCAUGGCUAUUAAUACGAAAUGUCAUAAAAAAUAAAAGAAAGGCUUAUGAAGCAUAGAAAUUAGUAAAGAUUUAUUUAUGUGACCUAUUUAUAAUUGCUGAGUUUAUGAUUUUGAAAGUCUGUUUUUUAUAAUACCUGAAUAAAAGACAGUUGAAGAUCACUGAUGAUCUAUUGUUGAUGAAUUACUGCUCACACUAUUUAUUAGCCCAUAUGAUAAUGUUUAUAGUGUUUCUACUGUUAUACAUUGUAGUUGAUUGUAAGAGUACAUGUUUUGUUUCCCUUGUGUGAUUGUGUGAGCUGGAAGUACAGACAUUUCAAAAUAUGAGUUUUGUAGCCUCUAUGUUUGUACUCGUCACAGUAAGGAAAGACAAAAAAUGCAACAUUCAAUAAAUAGAAUUUCAAAACUAUCAGCCGAUUUAUCGGUUAUUGGCCUUUUCCACCAGCGUAGUUAUCGUUUUCUGCAAAGUCCACUAUCAGUCAACCUCUAAUUUUAGUCAACUGAAUC